UUCUUGGCAGCUCUAGACACUGCAGCCGCCGCUCACCUUUUGGCUCUCUGUGCCAAAGCUUUCACAUCCUCCCUUGCUUCUUUGAGACCAUCAGCAUCUGUGGCUCUUGGUCAUUGGCAGGAAUGAUACCUCAGCCUUGAGGCACUGCUGGUCUCCCACACAUCUUGUUGCCUCCCCUUUGGCCCCUACAACUUGUGGAAAAGGAAGGAAACGGGAUUAGGAUCUGCUGGUGGGGCAGGGAGAGCUGGUGCUGUUCCCUAGCCUCCAGGAGGACUCCUGAGUGCAGCGUUGCCACAGCGACGGCUUCCACUUAUCCCUAGAUAAGACGGGAAGGAGCAUCAGCUGCAGCCCCAGUCUAGAAAGAUCCUGCAGUGAACCCCGACGGCAAACUGCACCUUCCCUACUACUUCACACCACUCAUAUUUUCAUAAGGGUAGAAGAGCCCACUUCAAUGAUGUCAACAGAAUGUGUUCAGCCACUUGAUAUCCCAGAGGACAGAUUGGACAAGCAAGAUUCACAGUGUAACCAUUUAGAAGAUCUUUCAGAGCAGCUGAUUAAGAGCUGUGACCUCAAAAAAAAACCAAGAAAAGGUAAAGCUCUCACAGCUUCCCAGAAGAUUGAACAGGAGCAAAGGAAGCCAAAGAGAAAAGAUACACCGGCUUUGCACACUCCACCACCUCUAACAGCCAUAGUUUCAGGCUCAUCUGAAAAUCUGCUGAAAAGGUAUGGUAUCACAGAGAAAUCACAGAGAGAAAGAGUGAGACCAGUCUCUCAAAUCGCUGAACUGGAGCAGAAAAAGCCCAGAAGAAAAGAUACACCUGCAAUACACAUCCCACCUUUGAUAAUAGGCACUAAGCUGUUUAUAGAAGAAGAACAAACGGUGAUUAUGGAAGAUGAAGAAAAGGAUGGAGACACAAUCCACAGUUAGAUUACAGUGAUACUUCAAUAAUACAGUGUAAAUAAUCAUGGGUCAUUCAAAGUGGCAGCACGUUAAAAAAGAUCUUUCAUCUUUAUAAAUAAUUUUCUCAAUUGUACACUUGAAUUUAAACUAUUAUCAAGUGCUUACCUGCUUACUCAUAAUUCCCAGCAAACAUCACUGGAGAUGAUGGAAGAAAUUUCAGUUAGACAGGUUUUAAAGGAUUCUGUUGGUUUACUACAAGUAGCUUCAGAGCGUUUUUGUCAAUGAGGAAUCCACCUCAGAUCAGAUCUAGCUUUUCACAGUGUGGUACUCAUACAGUACCUGGCACUAGAAGUGGUAGUUCUGAGUAGUAUAACAUCAGCUAAUGAUUCAAAUAGCUUUUUUUGCCUGACACUUUACCUCAUUUGUCCAGCUUUCCUUUCCUGGAGUAAUACCAACCACAGUGAAAAUUUCCAUGUGCAGAGCUGAUGGGAUAGAUGGAGAAGGUGAGAGGUCAAGGAUUCAACUCUAGAGCCCCUGAAAUGCAAAGCAAAAAUUUCCUCUGCCUGUAUCUGCUCAUGACUUGUGUCUGUAAGGAGGAAAAGAUAAAUUUACUGUAGAAUUAAAAUUUACUCCUUAGGGCUCUCUGUUGACAGACACGUCAAACAGGAUGGAGGGCAGAGAUCUCAGAGGAGAAACAUUAGGGAAGUGCAACCUGUACACAAUUGUCUUCACUGGCUUGGUGAAAGAUAUAAUAGUUGGAUAGUUGAUCCUUUUCCUACAAAUAAUUUCUUUUCAUAUCUGCUUUUUCAAUUGAGUCCUAGGUAAUCAGUCAGAAGAGGCUAUAAAGAUUCAAAAUCACAGCAGGGAGGUAUAAAUUGAGUAAAAGGAAUAAUGUUACUCAAUGGCAUAUGCUUACUGCAAAGUAGAAGAGCAUCAUGUGACUUUUUUAAUAGUUUGCCUCAAUGAUCCAAACACUAAUUUUUUUCACAACCAGCUACAGCCUUCAGCAUUUGUAGAGAAAUGGGUAUUGGUAGAAUAUCUACCAAAAUAUCUACCAAAAAAACAAAGGGUAGAACUGGUCACUUUUUGCUUGUCUAAAUAACUCUGGGCUAGAUGGAGUAGCACUGCCAGCUGAACCCUUAGGGAACUAAGCAGAGAGGCUGAAGAUUAUCUAGCCUGGCAGACUGAAUUUAGUCAUCUUUUUAACUCACUUAGGCAGACAGCUGAGGACCAUAGUAGUUUGGUAUGAACUCCAUUUGCCACUGUGAUUGACCCAGCAUCUUUCAUGAGAAUGUAGUCCAUUCACAAAUGUAUGUGAAUGUAUACUCUCAAGAUGUAACCAAUGAGCUUACAAUAAAUAAUUGAAUAUUAAUUACA